AAGCGUUAGAAGUUGGAAGCACAGUUCAAGUUUGUGCACAAAGGGAGGCAGCCAGAGUUAAGUUCAGCUUCUUGGAUGAUAUUCAGUAAGAUAUGGCCACAGCCAGCGCUUUCCUGUCAGAGGACCAGUUCCUGUGCUCCAUCUGUCUGGACGUUUUCACCGAGCCUGUUUCUAUUCCGUGCGGGCACAACUUCUGCAAGGCCUGUCUGUCGCAGCACUGGGAAGGCAAGGAACAGUGUCAGUGUCCGCUCUGCAACGAGAAGUUCAGCAAAGGGCUCAAACUUCGCGUCAACACGGCAUUCAGGGAUGUGGUGGAGAAUUUUAAGAGGCAUCGUGUGACGGCUGAGAGCAGUUUCCCGGGCGCACCCGGGCAGGUGCUCUGCGACUGCUGCCUUGGCAACAAGUCGAGAGCCUCCAAAACCUGCCUGGCGUGUUUGGCCUCCUUCUGCGAGACACACUUGGAGCCUCAUCAGAGAGUCUCCACCUUAAAAAGACACAAACUGACUCGUCCUGUGCAGAACCUGGAGGACAAAAUAUGCAAGGAGCACAGCAGGAUUCUGGAGUUCUUUUGCCUGAAUGACCAGACUCGCGUUUGCGCCCUGUGUACAGAGCACAGCACACAUGACACAGUCCCUUUGGACGAAGAGUAUGUGGACAAACAGGCUCAGAUGAGGCAGAAAAUUAAACAGAAAGGAGGAAGGGAGAUGAGAGCAGGUGCACAAAGCAAGAGGAAAGGAAAAUUUAAUGCAAGAGCAAACCGCAUGGUGUCUCAUCAAAUGUCUGAGCCGAUCAACUCAAGGUUUCCGACUGAGGGGCUACACUGUUGGAGUGACUACUCAUACAUCCCUGGUAAUAGGGGCUUUUCUGGGGGGAGAUUCUACUUUGAGGUUCAGACCAAAGGAAAGAGGGCUUGGGAUUUGGGAGUCGUCUCAGAAUCAGUCCGUGGAAAGAGAUCUCCAAACUGUGCAAAUGGAAAAUGGAUGGUGAGUUUCAGGGACUGCAACUGCAGAACUCCGCAUCACCUGCCAGGCGUGCAGAGAAGACCAGCGAAGGUCGUAGUGUUUGUAGAUUACGAGAACGGGGUGGUGCUCUUCUACGAUGCAGGCAAUGCGUCCAUGAUACACAUUUUUACUGGCUGUAAUUUUGAAGGGAGACUGUUUUUGUUCUUCAGCUUCAGUCAUUCUGACGAUGAUCACUGUGUUGGGAGGUUACAGAAAAGGAUCGAGAGCGGGGUUCAACAAAUGUGGCAGCAGUCCAAUCCCUGCUGUGUUAUUCUGCUCUCCUUGCUCUUUCUGACAGUCUUAUACAUAAUCUUACAACAAUAAAGCUGAAACAGAUUGAAUGUAACUCUACUAAAAUCUGUUUGUGAUGGUGGAUAUCCGAAACAGCACUGCUGGGUCUUCUUUCUUUUUCUUUUUCUUUUCUUUUUUUUUUGUAAUCUGAGCAUUACAUCUCAUGUGUCAUGUAUAUAGCAUUUUUUUUAAAGGGGUUUGGGGAAUCUGUCUGUACCACAAUACUGAAGCUUUGCAUAUAAUCUGUACAUCACAAUAAAUGUUU